CGCCAUUUAUAUAUAACCCCUCUCUCUCUCUCUCUUUCACUCUCCCUUUUCCAAUUUCAGGAGCUCACAAACAUAUCAAUCGCCGAUCUUCUUCAAACCCCAGUGAGUUUCUUUUGGUAAUUCAUCAAUUUUUGAUUCAAAUUCUAUCGGUUUAUCAAUCCCCUUCUAAAUUUACACAGCUCUUCAAUCUCUCUCUCUCUCUCUUUUUUCUUUUUAGUUUCUUUCUUGUUUUUCAUUCGUAAUUUCAAACGAUUUCAAAUGGGUUGUUCGGUGAGGGAUAAGCAUGUUCGUACGAAUCGGAGGCCUCGAUCGGUAAAAUCCGAAUUCGAUCCUUGCUGUCAUCAAGAACGAGCUUCACUUCAUAAAUCUGUACUCGAAUUGGGUUCUAAGCCGUUGGAUUAUCAUAUAGGGCUUGAUGAUUCAAACCAGAUCAACGCGGUGACUUCAAACUCUAAUUCCAGCUCCAAUUUGGAUGAUGGUGGAUGGGGUUACUGUACGGAGGAUCAAUUGGAGGAAAUUUUGAUGAAGAAUUUACAAUUUGUUUAUACCGAAGCCAUUUCUAAGCUUGUAGCAUUGGGUUAUGAUGAGGAUACUGCGAUGAAUGCGAUUUUGCAUAAUGGGCACUGCUAUGGUAGUAUGGAUGUGUUAACAAAUGUACUGCAUAAUUCGCUUUCGUUUUUGAAUGGUGAUAAUAACUCCGAUAACCUCAAUAGUGAGGUUGUUGCAGCUGUUGAAGCUGUUGAAGCUGCUGCAGUUGCCGCGGCUUCUGGUGAUGGUAUUGAUAUUGAUAUUGAUAUUGGUAAUUGUAAUGGUUAUGGUUAUGGUAUUGAUAUUCCUAAUGUGAAUGCUAAUGCUAAUUUGGUCGUGGAUGAUCCUGAGCCUGUGUUCUCUGAUUUAAGGCAAUUGCAAGAGUACUCGUUAGCUGGUAUGGUGUGUUUGUUGCAACAAGUUAGGCCUCAUUUGACUAAAGGAGAUGCUAUGUGGUGUCUGCUUAUGAGUGAUCUUCAUGUUGGUCGUGCUAGUGCUAUGGAAGUUCCGGUGCUUCCUUCGGCACCAAGUAAUGUUAAUGGGUCAGCAUCUGGUGCCAAUGGUGAGAAUGUUAGUAAUCAACCAGUGGGAUUUUUGGCACCAUCCCUUUGUAAAUUUCAUAGUGGUUCAGGUUUUGGAAAUGGUGGUGGUUCAGAAUUUUCUGUAAACAGGUUUGUGUCUUAUGCUCCUGAUAUGAAUUUGCAUAGAGAUAUUGAGUGUCCAAAGAGAUUUAAUCUUUCUCCUUCAAUGAAGUCGUUGUUGAAGAGAAAUGUGGCUGCAUUUGCUGCUGGUUUUCGAGCAAACUCAAAGAACCUUCAGGUACAGUCUCAAGCUUGUACAAAUGGCUUACCAAGUGAAAAUCCCCCUGUCGUACAAGGUGGUUCUGGAUUUCCAGUGGAGAAAAGUGAGGAAAACCAAGACGCUGUGAAUUUAAUGUUGAGUAAAUUCCGUGAUUUGAAACUCUAUGAGAAUCUGGAUUUUGUGGCAGAAGAUCAAAAAGAUGAAGUGAUUGUAAAUCUCUUGCAGCAGAUUAAAGAGCUUGAGAGACAAGUAAAGGAGCGGAAAGAAUGGGCGCAUCAAAAGGCAAUGCAAGCUGCAAGGAAACUGAGUAAUGAUCUCACAGAGCUUAAAAUGUUGAGGAUGGAAAGGGAAGAGACCCAAUGCCUGAAAAAAGGUAAACAGUCUUUAGAGGACACGACAAUGAAACGACUAUCUGAGAUGGAGAACGCUUUGAAAAAGGCCAGUGGUCAAGUGGAUCGUGCAAAUGCAGCAGUGCGGCGACUUGAGAUAGAAAAUGCAGAAAUUAGAGCAGAGAUGGAAGCUUUAAAGUUAAGUGCUUCCGAGUCUGUCACAACUUGUUUGGAGGUUGCAAAGAGGGAGAAAAAAAGUCUAAAGAGAUUACUGGCCUGGGAAAAGCAAAAAACAAAAUUACAGGAGCAGAUUGCAGAGGAGAAGGAUAAGAUAUCAAAGUUGCAAGAUCAAUUGGAGAUGAUCAAGUUAGGUCAAAAAGAGGCUGAGGUGAGGUGGAGGCAGGAGGUGAAUGCUAAAGAGGCUGCCAUGGCACAAGUGGAAGACGAAAGACGUAGUAAAGAAGCAGCAGAGGCUAGUAGUAAACGAAAGCUCGAGGCACUACGCCUUAAGAUAGAGAUAGAUUUUCAGCGCCACAAGGAUGAUCUCCAAAGGCUUGAACAAGAACUUUUGCGUCUAAAGGCAUCUGCACAAUCCACAGAGUCACACCACCCCUCCAAUAACAAUACACCUAAAGGGAAUUCUGACAGUGUAAAACCCCAGGGAGAAACCAUUGCGAAAAUGCUUCGGGAAUUAGACAGUUAUGAGGAUUCGUCAGAGAAAGACCUCAAUCAAGACCGUGACUGCAUAAUAUGUAAGAGGGGUGAGGUCUCUAUUGUUUUCUUGCCUUGUGCUCACCAAGUUCUGUGUGCCAGUUGCAGUGACAACUAUGGCAAAAAGGGUAGAGCAACAUGCCCAUGUUGUCGGGUUACAAUAGAACAAAGAAUCCGAGUUUUUGGUGCAAGUUCAUAGAAGAAUAGUAAUGAAGAAGAGGUUAAAGAAUACCAUGUUUCGAACUGUAAUAUUUGUUUGUUAAAAGAAACUCCAUUGCCUUGGUAAUAUACCUUCGAACAUGUUUACAGUUUACAAAAUUUACCUAAAUCGAAUAUGCUUAUGAUAUAUGAGAAUGGUUGACAGUGUAUAUAAUAUAAAUAAAAAGCAGUAACUUUGCUUA